AUGCCCGUCGCCACGCGCACAACCAGGAGCUCUGUGCUCGGCAAACGCACUCAUCAGCCAGAAGCCGACGACAAAGCGGCGUCGACCACAAACGACGACAAGGAUAACUCUGCACUCUCGAGUCCGGACUCGAGCCCCAUGGCGAAGCGUCCGCGUACGGGGACUACGGUCCUGUACGACCCGAACGGAAAUAAGGAAAAUAUCCCUCCGCUCGACGACGACGUGCUAUCGAUUGCGUCGAGCUCGUCCUCACGCUCCCUGCGCCGGACUGCUUCCGAGUUCUCGACCGUCAGCCGUCGUUCAACUUCAGUACGUCGUCAGGGCUCCGAGUCGAGCGUCGCCACCUCAAGCGACACGUCCGCCGCUGCGGCGUUUAUGGCCGUCCAAGCGCCUCCCACCACACCGAAGGUCUCACAACCUAUCCACGUCCGCGCUCGUGCUCUCCUGCGCGCGACAUGCAACAGUGCUGGCGACUUCGCCGGUCGUGCCGCCGAAACCGACACGCUCCGCGACUUUAUCACAUCCUUCUUCACCGCCGUCAAGUCAAAGGCGGCGGAUGACGCACACCCUAUCCUCUACAUCUCUGGCUCGCCUGGUUGCGGCAAGACUGCUUUGAUCAACAAUGUUCUGAACUCGCUCGAGGGCGACAUGCAGACGAACGGCGUUAAGCUCUCCUUCGUCAACUGCAUGGCCAUGAACAACCUCGACGCUGUGUGGGAACGCCUCGUCGCCGACUUUGGUGCUCCCAAGAAGCGCGGCAAGCAGGUUGCGAACAGCGAUGCCGUUCAGAAGCUCUUCGCCACUCGCAAGGAUAAGUGUCUGCUCAUCCUCGACGAGGUAGACCACGUCGCCACCUCUUCCCAGGCUUUGGCCAAGCUUUUCUCCAUUGCACAAAACUGCUCAAACACCCUACGCGUCAUCGGCAUUGCCAACACGCACACCCUUACCUCGUCCUCAUCGCAACUGAACCUGGCGGGCGUCAAGGGCGUCAAGACCCUGCACUUCGCUCCGUACGAGCCCAUCCAGCUCGUGGAUAUCCUCCACGCACGCCUUCAGCCUCUGCAUGCCGAUGCGGAGGAUGCGGAGCGCCUCAAGAAGUUCUUGCCGCCGCCGACGCUCAAGCUCUUGUCGAUGAAGAUUGCAUCGCAGACCGGCGACGUCCGCGCCAUCUUCGAGGUCUUGCGCAACGCCAUCGACAUCGCUGUCAGUCAGGCUGGUGCUCCCAAGGACGUCUCGCCCCCGGUUACACCGACGCACAUCCAGGCCGCCUUGAAGGCGUACUCGCCUGCCUCUCGUGUCGGUCCUGCUGCUGUCAACCCUUCCGCGCCGGUCAAGGUUGCCGCUAACAGCGAAAUGGUCGCCAAAGUCCGUGCGCUGGGUCUACACGCACGUCUUGGCUUGCUUGGCCUUCUCAUUGCGUGUAAGCGCGCGGAGGCUGGGCUCGUCGUUGCCGGCACUGCGGCGCCGCGUACGCUGAAGCGCACCCCGUCGAAUGCGAACGCAGCAAACGCCGGCAAGGCUACCAUCGACGCACACCAGCUCCACACCCUGUACAGCACGAUGCUUGCCGGUACCAAGGGCGCCUUCACGCCCGUCUCGCGCUCUGAGUUCUCUGACAUCGUCAACCUGCUCGAGACCGUCGGCUUUGUUACCCGUGGUAUGCCGGGUAGCAUCAACACUCCCACCGCACGCCGCAAGCUCGCGCGUACGCAGUCCUUCGGGGCACAAGCUGUCGACCAGCUAUCAUUCGCGGAGGGUGUACGUGCCACGGAGAUUCUCCGUGGGCUGGGCAUCGCCGUGGAGGGCGAGGCGGCGACGGCCACUGACCGUCUCGAGGAAGAAGCCGGUGCUAUCUGGGAGCGCGAGCUCGUCCGCAUCCGCAAGGAGGCAGGCGCCGCUGUCAAGAAGGCCGCGAGUGCCAAGGCUGGCCUCCACGCCUUCGCUGAGGCGGAGGAGGACGCGUAG